AAUUGAGCCUAAUUGUCCGGCUAGCAGCGUCUCUUAAAUAUGGCUUCUCCUCGGUGCAGGCGGGUGUAACCGGGACAUUUCUCACAAGCAGUCAGUCCACAUCAUGGCGUUUUCUCUGAGAAACGAAGCCCACAGGCCGGACAGCCCGGACCCUGAGGCCCCCGCCCUGUCCACCUGCAGCAACGCGGACAUCUUCCGCAGGAUGAACACCAUGCUGGGCAACGCUCUGGAUUUCAGCGGUGUGUGCACCACCCCCACCAGCCACAACCACCCCCACCCCCUCCACCACCACCACCACCACCACAAGGGGAAGCCAGACCUGCUGUGUGAGUCGGAGCUGGCAGCGGUGGGCAGCAGGAGGAUGCUCUACCCCAACAGCGGCGGCGGCGGCGGCGUGCCCGCCUCCCGGGACGCGCAGCCCUCCAGGCCCCCCCCCGGCGUCACGGACCUGGGCCUCGGCCUCCAGUCCCUCCGGCUGUCGGGCUGGGACCGACCGUGGAGCAGCCAGGACACGGAGGCGCUCCACUCCCCCUCCCAGGUCCACUCCAGCUCGCCCUCCAUGCUGGGUAUCCUCAACAGCCCCUUCAGCAGCAUCCUGGGGAAGCCCCACGGCUACCUGCCCCCCGACUCCAUGAGCAUGACGGCCGACUUCCUGGAGAAGUUCCCCAGCAUGGCGCGCAUGGCCAGCCGCCUGGACUCCAGCUCGCUGCUGGACUCCCGCUCCAGCAGCCCGGAGGACUCGGAGACCAGCGGCUUCAGCUCCGGGUCGGACCACCUCUGUGACAUGCUGUCGACUCUGCGUAUUUCCCCCCCGCUGCCUUACCUGGCCUCCAGCAUGCAGAAGGAUCUCCUGCGCCUCAGCUCCCGUCUGGACCCGCAGGACUCCAGCUCUCCCUUGACCCCCCCUUCCAGCGCCAGCCCCACCUCCACCAUCUCCCGCCGCUGGCGCAGCGCCUCCCCCUGGCCGGGGGCGGAGCUGCUGGACCAGUCGGAUGACACCUUCAGCAUCGAGAGGGAGGCUCGUCUGCACAGACAGGCUGCAGCGGUCAACGAGGCCACGUUCACCUGGAGCGGUCAGCUGCCCCCCAGGAACAACAAGGACCCCCUGUACUCCUGCAAGGUCUUCCUCGGCGGCGUUCCCUGGGACAUCACGGAAGCCGGCCUGAUCAACACCUUCAGCGGUUACGGCCCUCUGACGGUGGAGUGGCCCGGUAAGGACGGGAAGCACCCGCGCUGUCCUCCCAAAGGUAAUGUGGCUAAAGGCUACGUUUACCUGGUGUUUGAGAACGAGAAGUCUGUGCGCGCUUUGCUGCACGCCUGCUCUCAGGACCCGUUCCACCCCGAGGACAACCGAGAGUACUACUUCAAGAUGUCCAGCCGCAGGAUGCGCUGCAAAGACGUGCAGGUGAUCCCCUGGGUGAUCUCCGACAGCAACUACGUGCGCUGCCCGGCUCAGCGCCUGGACCCCAGCAAGACGGUGUUCGUGGGCGCGCUGCACGGCAUGCUGAAUGCCGAGGCGCUCGCCAGCAUCAUGAACGACCUGUUCGGGGGGGUCAUGUACGCCGGCAUCGACACGGACAAGCACAAGUACCCCAUAGGCUCUGGACGUGUGACCUUUAACAACCAGCGCAGCUACCUGAAGGCCGUGUGCGCCGCGUUUGUGGAGAUCAAAACCCCCAAGUUUACAAAGAAGGUCCAGAUCGACCCGUACCUGGAGGACUCCAUGUGUCAAGUUUGCCUUCGCCAACCCGGGCCUUUCUUCUGCAGAGACCAGGCCUGCUUCAAGUACUACUGCCGCUCCUGCUGGCACUGGCAGCACUCCAUGGACAUCCUGAGCAACCACCGGCCUCUGAUGCGCAACCAGAAGAACCGCGACUCCAGCUAGAGCCCGGCCUGCAGGGCCAGAGAGUAGAAGAGCCCCUUCCCCCCUUAUGACGGGGCGGGGGGGGGCCCGAGGCUGCCGGCCAAGGACAGGGAGCACGUGUGUCUGAUGUCUCUCAGCACGGGGGGGGGGGCACCGUGGCACGCCACCAGGCACUGGGGGGGGUCACUGUAGAGAAAUGUUCACUUUUUGCACUUUUUUGCUACAUUUUUGCUGUUCACAGUGGGCUUUGCACAGUGACCUUGUUGGGUGGGGGGGCGGCGGGGGAAGGGUGACAAGACAAGGGUGCCCUUCACACUUAUGCAUUUUUGUUUUUGUUUUUCUUCCCCAAACUCUCGGCGUCGGCCCGAGUGAGACGUUUAUUUUUUUGUUGCAUAGUGAAGAGCAGCCACGCGAGUCUCGUCUCAAACGCCAUUCAGUGCCUUUGACUUUAUUUUUCUCCCCCUCCACCGCCCCCCCCCCCCCUCCGAACCGCCAGUUGGCGUCUUUUUUUUUUCCUCCUGUGCAAGCAAACUGAUUCUUACUUUUUGGGACGUGAAUGUUGGGCUUCAUUUAACUAGUCGCAUUUCAGACAUUUUUACGCAGUUUUUUACUAAUUUGUACACAAACGGUUUUAAGUCAUGACAUGAACAUCUUUGAACAAUUCUACCAGGCGGCUGCUUUUUUGGGGAAAACCCCUUUUAUUUUUUUCUCAUACAAUUUUUCCAUUUUUUUUUUUUCCUUUUUAAUUUGCCCUCCCAAAUUUCAACCGAAUGGGCACAAAAUGUUGUAAGAACUACUUUAACUUUGUUCCAGUUAUAUUAAAUGUAAGUAACCAGAGUACUGGAUACGCCUCAACCUGGGCUGUCCGUCACUUCCAGCCCGACGGACCCGUUGAGACUCGAGCGAAUGAGCAUUUCAUUGUACAUGGUUUGGGUUCCUUUGGAGCACUUUUUAAUUUGCACGUGUGGAGGUGGCAGUGGUUUUUAAUCACUUUUGUACAUCAGCAGGGGGGGACGCGCCUUUAUUUUGUUAAAACAGCUGCUAGUUUCCUGUUGAAUGUAAGAACUUCCAUUGAGCUGAUGACCUGAUGGAUCUGGAGCUUGAGUAGACCCGGUCAGCGCUUUCUGGUCCCGUUCCUGUUCCAGUCGGGACGCUGAUGCGUAACGGGCUCGUCCCGCUGAGCUCGUUGUCUUUUGGCCCGGCUGCUUUUUAGAGUUUUGAAAGUCUACCUCAUUGUGGUCUGCCAGGUUUGCUGCUACUUCCAGCUGUGGAGUUUGUUCCGAUUGGGCACAAUAAAGGUGUUUAAGCAUUA